CUAGAGGACAUUGAAUUAAUCAUAAAAUGUGGCGCCAACGUCAACGGUGCAGUGAAACGCGGGUUACGUCCCUUGCAUUAUGCUGUUUACGUGGAAUAUGUAGCUGCAGUUCGACUGCUGAUUGAAAAAGGCGCGGAUGUUAAUCUUCCAGACGAUAUAGGCUAUACGCCAAUGCACGUGUGUGCACGCAAAGGUUCCUACAGAUCUAUGAAAGUCUUGAUAGAAAAUGGUGCACACGUUGACUUUUUCGAUGAAAAU